AUGUCGGCCACAAAUGCUUCAACGCUCUAUACCAGGAUCACGCAGCAUAUCUCAACAGUUGCUAAAGCCCUAAAGGAACUGCGUCACAACCCUGAUCAUCUGGAUGAAGAUGUGACCUUGGAACCCAUUCCAAUAGUAGGCUCUGUCAAACUGCACGGCACUCACACAGACAUACUGGUCUAUAGUGAUGAAAAGAUCAUCCUUCAGUUAAAGAACGGAAGCAACAUCACUACGACGAAUGACGACCAAAGUAUCGUCGCCGCAAUGGCAGACAAGAUGGAUGCUAUCCUUGAUAUACGCAACAAAUACCUCGCGUGCUGGAGGAAGCUUAACUCCAACACACCUCUUAAUCCUCGACAUCCGAUCUUAAUUACUGGCGAGUGGAUUGGUACCAACACUCAGAAAGACGUUGGCAUUUCUUAUCUCUCACGCCGCUUUGUUAUUGUUUCGGUCAACAUUAACAACUCCUGGAUUCCAGACACUCAUUACCCUUGCAUAGAAUCUCCUUCAGCUUCCAUCUUCAACGUAACCCAUGGCGGCACUUUCCACGCUACAAUGUACUCGGACGACAUCGCACGCACCCUUUCCGAGGUUGAGCCACAGGCGGGAGCAGUCGCCACCUCUUGCCCCUUUAGCGCCUACUUCGGUGUUCACGGUGGAGGAGAAGGAAAGUCGGUCUGCGGAGGGAUAUGGAAGGGCUGGGACGGUUUCUGA